AGAUCAGCACUUACUGGUAGGUAUUCACUUUAAAUAUUAAAACUUUAAUAAUCUAGUUUUAUUUGAAAAGCUUUGGUUUUCAUAAUAAAAUCUAAUAUUGGUGAAUAAUAGAUAGGAGGAGGCCUUACCCUGACUUUAAACAGCAUCAGCUUGUCUUUAAAUUAUGAGUUUAUUGUCAUUAGGAAGAUCGGAUCACCACAUUUUUAACAGCUGAUAGAAAAAAGAAACUGAACAACUGUUGGUGUGUUUGGGCAUCACUCUGGAUGCAUUUAUCAAAUUUUCUAUUGGGUCAAAGCUGUGCUAAAUGACUAAAUUCAACAUUACAGCAGUAUGUUAUGCUUGUGUACAAUCACUCCAACGUGUAAAUGUGGAUUCUCAAUAACAUGACAAUCCAAAGAGUUAGAACAUUAAAUCAGAGGUGGCCAGAUGUUCUCUUAUGGAUGCAAUUACAUUUAUUCUCUUUCAUCACAAAUGUCACAAAUAUGGUAAAAAGAGAGCAAACAAACCCUGAUUUUCAGUAAUGUCAUAAUUAAAUGUUCGCUUUCACCGAAACAUUUUGUUUAACCUCAAUGCUAACAUGACAAAAGUCCAUAUUAGCGGUUUAACCUACAAAUUAUUUCAGGGCAUUCGAGUCACCUUGUUAAUCAUUUCAAGUCUUGAGAUAAACUAGUGCUGUCCAGCAUCAAGUUACAUCCUCUAGAACACUGUUUACCACUGUGUUUUGUUGUUUUUAUUGUCAGAACAAAUGCCUGAGGAAAAACACAAUUGAUUAAGUCUAAAGUCUGCGGGGACAAGCAUCGCUGGCAAAGCGCGUCCUCCUCCGUCACUGUGAUUAAUCUCACGGGGGAGUGUGCAGCCUGAGGUGGAGCUGGCAGCAGAGGGAGGUUAAAAUCUCCAUCUGCUGACGGACAGAGGCUUCGAAAGGUCCACAUCAAACCAGAACGGUCCUCCUGGUGGUCUCAGUAGUCCACCACUGCAGGCAGGUGAAAUCUGAGACUGCUGAAUUUCAGCUCAACACACACAAAGCUUACGGUCCUCUUGAAUGCGUUAAAACCAGACAAUGAGCACAAUAAUAAACAAAACCCCAAAUCCAGUUUAAAUGUUUCAAUUCAGCUCAUCUUUCAAGUUCUCUUGCUUAUUUCAUCAUCUACAUUUCAUAAACGACCUUUGAAAAUCUCCAGAACGUUUCCACAUUUCAACCACUGUUGCCCGCGUGCGAACCGUGACCUUUGCUGUUCAAAUCUGAGACUCGCUGGCCUUUUAUUCUGCUGUGAAUGGGUGGUGCCAGCAGAAGGAGUCUCUAAGUGAGUUAGACAUGUCUGUGCUUCCCAGAGGAGAGUCCACACAGACACAAUAACAAGAUAACAGCCCGAGGAGAGGCCCCGGUGGUGUUUGGAACAUGUUUUUAUUGUCUGACAGCUGCCUCUGCAGCCUCUCGCGUCCUACUGAGAUUAAACUUCUCUAAGAUCACAAGCAAGAGCUCAGCUGAACAGCUGGUUUUAUGUGACACUGCCUGUAGUUAGGGUUAGGGUUAGGGUUAGGGAAAAAGACAACCAAAUGAAUCCAAUCAAUAAUGUCUUCUUGUUUUUCUCCCAUCAGAGUCCUGUUUGCUGCAGAUUUAGAAGCAUGAAUAGAGACGGGUUGCCUGUAAACUUCACCUCUAACAUCAGCAUGAAGCCAUUCAGCGUGUUUGACGGCUGUGAGCACUACAUAGAGGCCAUUCUCUUUGACCUCACCAUUCAGAUAAUCAACGUCUUUGUGGGAAUCCCUGCAAAUGUGCUCGUCAUUGCGGUUCUCAUCCACAAUAGAAAAGAGCCUUCCACUUCAGACAUAUUUCUGGGUUGCUUGGCCUUCAUGGACGCCUACUUUGGUGUCAUGACCCCCCUCAACUUGCUUAACCUUUACCUGUGGCAGAGCAAACAGGUGUGGGCAGCCGUUAAGUUCUCCUUCGGUGUGAAAGACACCACGGCUCCUCUGUUCCUGUCCUGCAUCUGCUUGGAUCGCUUUGUGGCAGUGCUCUUUCCAAUCGCAUUUGGGCAACUGAAACACUUCAAGUACAGGUUGAGUCUCACCAUUCUGGUGCUCUGCCUCACCUUCGCCUAUGCUGCAGCCAAGAUGGUGGGGGGUCUUCCCAGCUUUGAGAAAGUGUUCACCGGGGAGAUCCUGACAACGUUUGCCUGGAUGGUGGUGUGCAACGCAAGCAUCCUUUGGGCCUUGAAGAAGUCCCACAGCUCAAGGAAGGAUGAAAUGCAUCCCAUGAAGAAGAAGGCCUUCAAGAUGGUGCUCUCCAUCCUGUGUAUCGUCGUGUUCAACUACCUCCCACUGGUGGCACUGUUCCCAUUUGAAGACCAUUACUCGCCUGAUGUGUUCCGCUGCUAUGUGCAGCCUGCCGGCUUCGCCUUCCUGAACAUCAGCAGCACCAUCCAGCCGCUCGUCUACUUGUCUCGCCUGGAGAAGGUUCCUUUCCUGUCAGAGGCUUGCAUUAAGAAGUUAAACUCUUGUUUCCCUGCAGCAAACAGCCAAAACGUGUCCACACAAAACACAUCAGCAUAAACACAGGCUGAAAAAAUCAUAUUAGUCGCUCUAGAAGCUGCACCUUCACUAAGAAAGGGGGAAGGAGGAAGAUGCUUUUGUCCUGAUGGACAAAUGCAGAAAAAUACACGUUAAUUAAAAAUACACGAGUAGAGACAGAAAUACUAUAGAUACUAUAGAUAACAACAGAGAACUAAUGCGAUUAGAAAGUAUUUUAUUACUUUAAUUCUUUCUGUAAGGUUCACUGGCGGCAAGGACCAAAACAUUUGUUUGAUUUUGGCGCCAUCAUGUGUUCAAAAUGAGAAACACCAGUUCUAUUCCACUGGGUGAACGUUGUUAAUAUCCCCACUAACGUAAAUAAAGUGUUUGUUGUGUUUAGUGAUGUGUGUAGGAAAGCUUCUGGUCCCC